UUUCCCUGAAAGUACCCUUGUCCAAAACAACUUCCUUUUAAAAUUCAGAGCAAAAAAGAAAAGAAAGAAGGUUCUCUUGAUAAGUUAUUGUUAUUCCUCUCUGUCUCAUUCUGCUCCCACAGCAAAGCAAAUGAGCCUCCUUGUUCUGUUUCUUCAUGCUGCUCUUGCUCACACUUCUGCAAAUGCACAACCUCCAGGAGUUAAGGUUAGAAUGGUGCACCACCAGAAUUUGAAUAAGAGGAUUCAAAUAUCACUAAUUGUUUGUUCUGCGCUUCUCCUUGGAAUCUUCCUACUUGUAUUGUAUGUCUGGUUUCGUCGCCAUAGAAGCUUAACAAGCUCCAGCAGUAAAAGCCAAGGAAACAUGGAGGCUGAAAAAGGGGAAACCUUAAACCCUGUCAAUGCUAAACUUAACUACUCAAGGAUGGCAGAUAAGAAGAGUUCAGUUGCUAUUUUUGACUUUCAAUUAUUAGAGGCCGCAACAAACAGCUUUAGCAACAGCAAUGUUAUGGCAGAGAGUGGUUCUAGAAUUGUUUACAGAGCUCAUCUUGAUGAGAAUUUCCAUGCAGCUGUUAAGAAAGCAGAUAGUGAUGCUGAUAGGGAAUUUGAGAAUGAAGUGAGUUGGCUGAGCAAGAUUCGGCAUCAAAAUAUCAUAAAACUCAUGGGCUAUUGUAUUCAUGGUGAAUCAAGAUUUCUUGUUUAUGAAUUGAUGGAGAAUGGAUCAUUGGAAACUCAAUUGCAUGGGCCUAAUCGUGGAUCAUCUUUAACUUGGUAUCUCCGUUUAAGAAUUGCAGUUGAUGUUGCCAGAGCAUUAGAAUAUCUUCACGAACACUCCAAUCCCCCUGUGGUUCAUAGAGAUAUAAAGUCUUCCAAUGUUCUUCUCGAUUCUAAUUUUAAUGCUAAGCUCACAGAUUUUGGACUUGCUAUCUCUUCUGGAGUGCAACACAAGAACAUGAAGAUGUCGGGAACUUUGGGAUAUGUGGCACCUGAGUACAUAUCACAUGGUAAACUAACCGAUAAGAGCGAUGUGUAUGCUUUUGGGGUUGUCCUUUUAGAACUUUUGACUGGAAAAAAACCGAUGGAAAACAUGUCAUCAGACCAAUAUCAAUCCCUCGUUUCGUGGGCCAUGCCUCAGCUAACCGACAGAUUGAAGCUUCCAAGUAUUGUGGAUCCUGUUAUCAAAGACACAAUGGAUUUGAAACAUUUAUAUCAGGUUGCAGCAGUAGCUGUUCUGUGUGUGCAAGCCGAACCAAGUUAUAGGCCGCUAAUAACAGAUGUGCUACAUUCCCUCAUCCCUUUGGUACACAACCAACUUAAGGUUGGUGCCUCUCUCACAGAUAUAGAACCAGUCCGCUCAGAGUGAUUUCCACUUUGUAAAUUUUGUUUGUAACUUAACUCAUGUCAUGUGCAUUCAGUCACAUCUUAAUGCUGUGCUGUAAAGACUAAAGAGUGAUACUAGUAUAUCCAAUUGUUAUCAUCUUUUUCCAUCAU